AUUUUACUAGUAAAGUUAUUAACAUUAUGCUGGUUAGCUUAGCGCUAGUGCUACACUAGCAUUCGAUAACGGCUACAUGGACACUAAGGGAGCAUCUGGAAGUAAAAACCUCCCGUCAAUCUCAGAAAGCUCUGCAUAUCUUUUACCACAGCUACCCAAGGUUAGAGUGAAGCCUCAGUGGCAGGAUGCCACCCCAGCCUUUGUACUGCAGGCCAGAACAGAAACCGCCGGUGAAGGAGUGUCAAGUGGAAUUUCCAAUACCCUCAGAGGGACUGUGUGGCGCAGCUCAAACAAAGAUGGCACGUUUUUGUCAGAGUCCUCUAAACAACGCAGCAAGGUGAAACCUAAAAAGGAGCUCCAGCAGUUUCGCAGCUCUCUUGUCAGCAUUAUUAUGCAGCAGGAUCCUGCCACUGGAAAACGUACAGAUGAAAUCUCACCACUGGCAUGUCGUUCACUUACUCCAUCUGAGCAAGAUAUGCUGAGAUAUUACUACUACAUCAGAAAUGGGAUUGACGUAGAGCACGUCGCCACUAUGGAAGAUUCCUGGCUGGAGAAUGUUCUGCGUCUGGUGCCGAAUCACCUGCAGAGAUUAAGCAGAAGCAUUGAGCUUCUCUCAGAUGAGAUGAGGGAUGAUUAUCUUCUCAGUGUAAAGAAAGCCAUAGUGGAUUUUGUGCUUCGUGACCCGAGAGAUAAUGAAGAAGAAAAGGUGAAAGAUCUGCCCCCUCAUAGACAAGAGAUGGAGGUUGUGCCAAAGCCAUGGAAGAAAUCAUUCUAUCAAGCACGAAAGAAGAUGUUCGAGCAUCUUCAUGCCAUUAACCCCACCAUGCUGUCUGUGCUGGACCUAUGGCACGCGUCCUUUAAGAAUUUACGGCUUGUUGAUGUGACAGAGUUCCACACGAGGGAGGAGUCCAUGGAGCUGUCAGUCUUUCAGCAGUUGGUCAACAAACACAUCGAAUAUGCCAAAGACGUUCUUAUGAAAAAGUGGUUUCCCGAUGUGCAAGUCAUCUACUACCAAGGGAGCAAGCACAAACUACUACCCAGCAACACCAAUCCAGUUCGACUGCUGUCUUUCUUCAACUGUGUGGCUGCUCUAAUGACUUCUCAGCUUCAGAGUCUGGCCCUGGACUCCAUCCAUGACUACACAAGGCUGAUAUCUCAGGACCCAUGUUCGGUCAGAGCCUUUGAGCAUCCAGGCUUCGUUCUUCGACUGACCCUGGAGCAGAACGAGAUCAAGUUUGAGCCGGAUUUCAAAGAAUUUGAGGUCAUCUUGCUGAACGUGUAUGACAUGAUGUUAAAAUCCAUCAGCUCAGUGCCUCGAGUGGAGACGAAACUUUACUCGGAAUGGCCUGGCACAGAGAACGGUGGUGUCCUAAACCCAGUCAUCCUGCCCGAGAUCCUUGAAGCACAGAAGGCAGAAAUUCAUCAUGUAAUACGCGAAGAAAGCGCUGGUCCAAUUGAGCAUGUGCGCCUCUAUGACAAAUAUGCACCGCUGGUAUCACAGCAGGCUGAGCAGGACGUAGAUCACUUCCUGUGUGACCAGCACUCUUUUCAGGAGAUAAUGAUAGAGGUGUUACGUUACCAACAGCUUGCUAAUGAGAUCCAGUAUGAUCUUACCAAGGUUGUACGACUCGGCAUGUUUGAAGUUCAUUCCCAUGACCUAAUCCGUGCUCUGGUGAAGCGGGCAGAAGACCUCAAGCAAAAACUGGUCACAUGCAUGCUGGAGGACCACCAGAAGUUAAAUAUGAAGUUAAUCGGCGAGUUUGAGAAGAUUGCCGAAAAAGCUCUCGGCACUCCUUCAAACACUCAGGAGCUCAUGGAUCUUAAGGUUUAUACAGAAAAGGUCGAGGCAGAGGAGAUGCCCAAAGUGGAGCUUAAGCUCAUGGAGUCCAAGCUGCGUCUCUGCUUUCUGGUCGACUAUGUUAUGUUCUCUCUGACUGACAUGCGCCUGAACAAACAGACCUUCCAGUGGCACCAACGAAUGCCUCUCAUAUUUGAUGAGCACCGACAGAUCAUUAAGGAAAAGUCUGCACUGUUCCAGGAUGGCCUCAAGCUGCGGUGCGAGAGGUUUGUGGAGGAGCUGGAGAGCUAUGCAAAGCAGGUGGAGGAGUUUGUCACUUUCGGGGAACUGUCUGAGCUUAGCAAGUAUUUGAAAAAAGCUCAGGUGCUCAACUCCAAACUGGAGACCGCCAUGGAAAAGAUUGAAGGCUUCAACUUAGAGGAAGAAGCGUAUGGAUGGCCCAUCUCCCAGUACCCUCUACGCAAGCAAGUACAAGACAGACUGGUCCCAUACCUUCGCCUGUACCAGUUAGCCACCGAGUUUCAGGAGCAACACCGGCAGUGGAUUCAUGGUCCCCUCGCUUCAGUCAACCCAGACAAAGUGGAGGGUGAUGUCGGCAACUACUGGCGCUCACUCUACAAACUGGAGAAGGGUUUUCAGGACUCACCCAAGGCUCUGCAUAUUGCCACUCAAGUAAAGGCAGAGGUGGAGGCUUUUAAGGAGCACAUCCCCUUAGUACAGGUACUGUGCAACCCAGGCCUGCACGAUCGUCACUGGGAUGCCAUGUCGGCCGUGGUGGGCACGUCUCUAAAGCCGUCAGAAGAGGAGACAGCCUGCAUUUCCCACUUUAUCCCACUAAACCUCGAGCCUCACUUGCCAAGCUUUGAGAGCAUCAGUGAAGCAGCCAGCAAGGAGUACUCACUGGAGAAGGCCAUGGAGCGGAUGGCAGGCGAGUGGGCAAACAUGGAGUUCAGUCUUCUGCCCUACCGGGAGACUGGGACAUCCAUUUUGUCGUCAGUGGACGAGAUCCAAAUGCUGCUGGACGACCAUAUUGUGAAGACUCAAACGAUGCGUGGCUCGCCCUUCAUCAAGCCCUUCGAGGCAGAGAUACAGGACUGGGAAAGCAAGCUGCUCUUGCUCCAGGAGAUUCUGGACGAAUGGCUGAAGGUGCAGUCCACAUGGCUGUACCUCGAACCUAUCUUCAGUUCGCCGGACAUUAUGGCCCAGAUGCCUGAAGAGGGACGCCGCUUUACCACUGUGGACAAGACCUGGAGGGAAACCAUGAAGCAAGUCAGCCUGGACAGGCACGUCCUGGCCGUCGUGGCUAUCGAUAAGAUGCUGGAGAAGCUGAAGAAAAGCAACGAAUUGCUGGAGCUCAUCCUGAAGGGUCUGAACGAGUACCUGGAGAAAAAAAGACUCUUCUUCCCUCGGUUCUUCUUUCUUUCCAACGAUGAGCUGCUGGAGAUUCUUUCUGAGACAAAGGAUCCAACGAGGGUGCAGCCACAUUUAAAGAAGUGCUUCGAGGGCAUCGCCAGUGUUGAGUUCACUGAUGUUCUGGACAUCACACACAUGAAGAGCAGUGAGGGCGAGGUGGUGGAACUGCUGGACGUCAUCUCCACCUCUAAAGCUCGGGGCCAGGUGGAAAAAUGGCUUCUCGAACUGGAGAGCGGCAUGCUCAAGUCCCUGCACAAGGUGAUAGGUGAGGCGAUCGAGGCGUAUCCUAAAGAACAGAGGAUUAACUGGGUGAGAGCCUGGCCGGGUCAAACGGUGCUGUGUGUGUCACAAGUGUACUGGACCCAACACAUCCAUGAAGCCAUUGCUACAGGACCUCAGGCCCUGGAAGCCUAUUUGCAACAGAACAACAAGCAGAUCGAGGACAUAGUGACACUGGUGCGUGGGAAACUGUCCAAACAGAACCGGGUGACUUUGGGUGCCCUGGUGGUUCUGGAUGUGCAUGCCAGAGACGUUUUGGCAGCCCUCGUGCACAAGGGCGUAGACGAUGAGAACAACUUUGAGUGGCUCUGCCAGCUUCGUUACUACUGGAUUGAAAAUCAGCUUCAGACCAAAAUGAUUAAUGCAGGCUUGGCUUAUGGAUAUGAGUACCUUGGUAACACUCCACGUCUGGUCAUCACACCCCUCACUGAUCGCUGCUACAGAACCCUAUUUGGGGCACUGCAUCUACACUUAGGAGGAGCUCCUGAGGGUCCAGCAGGUACUGGGAAAACAGAGACCACUAAAGAUCUGGCUAAAGCUGUGGCUAAACAGUGUGUGGUGUUCAACUGCUCCGAUGGAUUGGAUUACAUCGCGCUGGGCAAGUUCUUCAAGGGCUUGCUGUCUUGUGGUGCAUGGGCCUGUUUUGACGAGUUCAACCGCAUCGACCUGGAGGUGCUGUCAGUGGUUGCACAGCAAAUUCUCACCAUUCAGAGAGGAAUUGCAGCUCAUGCUGAGAUGCUGCUGUUUGAGGGAACAGAGCUGAGGCUCAAUCCAUCCUGUGCUGUCUUUAUCACCAUGAACCCUGGAUACGCUGGGCGCUCCGAACUGCCUGAUAACCUAAAGGCCCUGUUUCGCACCGUGGCAAUGAUGGUGCCUGAUUACGCUCUGAUUGCUGAGAUUGUGCUCUACUCCUGCGGUUUUGUAACGGCUCGACCACUCUCAGUAAAGAUUGUGGCUACGUAUCGGCUCUGCUCUGAGCAGCUAUCCUCUCAGAGCCACUAUGACUACGGUAUGAGGGCUGUCAAAUCUGUCCUGACUGCUGCUGGCAAUUUAAAGCUGAAGUUUCCUGAGGAAAAUGAAGAUAUUCUGCUGCUGAGAUCCAUAAUCGAUGUAAACCUUCCAAAAUUUUUGGCUCACGAUCUGCCACUGUUUGAGGGUAUCACUUCUGAUCUGUUCCCCGGUGUGAAACUUCCAAAACCAGACUACCGAGUCCUGCUCGAGGCCAUCAAAGAGAACUGUAAAAAAAUGAACCUGCAAAUGACUGACUUCUUCACUGAUAAGAUCCUGCAGAUUUUUGAAAUGAUGAUCGUGCGUCACGGCUUCAUGCUGGUUGGAGAGCCGUUCGGAGGCAAGACGAGUGCGUAUCGAGUGCUCGCCGCUGCCUUAAAUGAUAUCUGUGACAAGGGCCUGAUGGAUGAGAACAGGGUUCAGAUCACUGUUAUAAACCCAAAAUCCAUCACCAUGGGGCAGCUGUACGGUCAGUUUGACCCCGUCUCUCACGAGUGGUCAGACGGCAUCCUGGCUGUCAGCUACAGAGCCUUUGCCAUGUCUCAGACCCCUGACAGGAAGUGGCUGAUCUUUGACGGUCCUGUGGACGCCAUAUGGAUUGAAAACAUGAACACUGUACUCGACGACAAUAAGAAGCUGUGCCUAAUGAGUGGAGAGAUCAUUCAAAUGUCUCCUCAGAUGAGCCUUAUCUUCGAACCGAUGGAUCUGGAGGUGGCUUCUCCCGCCACGGUGUCUCGGUGUGGGAUGAUCUACAUGGAACCUCACAUGUUGGGUUGGCGGCCUCUCAUGCUCUCCUGGCUCAACUCUCUGCCCUCUAUGCUCAGCUCGGUGCACAAAGACCUCAUCACCAGCCUCUUUGACCGCAUGCUGCCCGCCUGCCUGCAGCUCGUCCGCAAAGGAACCAAGGAGCUGUCUCCGACGUCAGACACCAACCUGGCGCACUCCCUGAUGAAUCUGAUGGACUGCAUGAUGGACGAGUUCAGGGACGAGGGCCAGAUGAAGAGUCUGAGCGAUAGAGACCUCUGCUCCUGGCUGGAGGGCACGUUCGUCUUCUCUCUGGUGUGGUCGGUAGGUGCCAGCUGCACAGAGCCCGGAAGAGUAAAGUUUGAUGGCUUGGCGAGGGAGUUGCUGACGGGUCCUCUGAGUGAGGAGACGCGAGCAGGUCACGGCAUCCUGGAGCACGUGGAGGCACCGAGCAAGCAGCUGACGGUGCCUUUACCCACUGAGGGCACUCUCUACCAGUACCGCUUUGUCAAAGAGGGUCCAGGUAGAUGGGAGUUGUGGACCGAAGAGUUAAAGCAGGCGCCGCCGAUUUCCAAAGACGUGCAGUUCAACGAGAUCAUCGUGCCCACGGAGAACACAGUGCGCUACAUGGCUCUGAUGGAGCUGCUCGUCACGCACCAGAAGCCCACCAUCUUCGUCGGACCCACGGGAACCGGCAAGAGCGUGUACAUCAUAGAAUUUCUGUUGAACCGUCUGAACAAGGAUGUGUACAACCCAUUGCUAAUCAACUUCUCAGCCCAAACCACGGCCGCGCAGACACAGAACAUCAUCAUGUCGAAGCUGGACAAGAGACGCAAAGGAGUGUUUGGCCCACCACUGGGAAAGAAAACGGUGGUGUUUGUCGAUGAUGUGAACAUGCCAGCCAGGGAGACGUAUGGCGCCCAGCCUCCCGUGGAGCUUCUGCGCCAGUGGUUGGACCAUUGGAACUGGUAUGACAUGAAGGACUGCUCCAUGAUCAACCUGGUGGACAUUCAGCUGAUGUGCGCCAUGGGACCUCCAGGUGGUGGAAGAAAUCCAGUUACUCCUCGUUUCCUCCGUCAUUUUAACACUGUGACAAUUAAUGAAUUUGAUGAGAAGACUAUGCAUACAAUUUUUUCAAGGAUUCUGGACUGGCACUUGACUAUACGACUUCCCUUUCCAAAGCCGUUUGCCAGUCUGACCUCUCAGAUAGUGAGUGCUACAAUGGCUGUGUAUCAAGAGGCCACUAAGAACUUGCUUCCCACCCCGGCCAAAUCCCAUUAUCUUUUUAACCUGAGGGACUUCUCCCGUGUCAUUCAGGGCGUCUGCUUAUCUCGGCCAGAGACUGCAGAUGACCCCAAAGCUAUUAAACGCUUAUGGGUGCAUGAGGUGCAGAGAGUUUACUAUGACCGCUUGGUCCACCCAUCAGACCGCACCUGGAUAGUAGGUUUUCUGCAGGAGGUCUGCCAAUCCCACCUAAAGGAGGACUUCCAUCAGCUCUUCAAGCACUUGGACUUUGACUCUGAUGGCUGUGUGACCGAAGAUGACCUGCGCAGUCUCAUGUUCUGUGAUUUCCAUGACCCCAAGGGGGAAGACCGCAAUUACCGGGAGGUCAGUGACCUCAACCAGCUACGGCAGGUGGUGGAGGCCCACCUGGAGGAGUACAACAACAUCAGCAAGGCACGCAUGAACCUCGUGCUCUUCCGCUUCGCCAUCGAGCACGUCUGCAGGAUCUCCAGGGUCCUCAAACAGCCGCGCGGUCACGCGCUCUUAGUGGGUGUCGGAGGCAGCGGUCGGCAGUCCCUGACCCGUCUGGCUGCCCACAUGGCUGAAGCUGAGCUCUUUCAGGUGGAGAUCUCCAAGAGUUAUGGGAUGACUGAGUGGCGUGACGACCUCAAACUCAUCAUGCGCAAAUCCACAAUCGGCGAUACUCACGGCGUCUUCCUGUUUACUGACACCCAAAUAAAGAUGGAAUCCUUUCUGGAAGAUGUCAGCAACUUGCUCAACACGGGUGAAGUACCUAACCUGUUUGCUGUGGAUGAGAAGCAAGAGAUCUGCGAACGCAUGCGAGUCCUGGACCGCCAACGUGAGAAAGAGAAGCAAACAGAUGGAAGCUCGCUGGCACUCUUUAACAUGUUCCUUGAACGCUGCCGUAGUCAACUGCACGUGGUGCUGGCUAUGAGUCCUAUAGGGGAUACUUUCCGAGGACGGCUGCGACGUUUCCCCGCCCUCAUCAACUGCUGCACGAUAGACUGGUUCCAGAGCUGGCCUGAUGACGCUCUACAAGCUGUGGCAUCUCGUUUCUUAGAGGACAUCGAGAUGACUGAUGACGCUCGGGCUGGCUGCAUUGAUAUGUGCCAGAGUUUCCAUACCUCCACCAUUAAUCUCUCCACACACUUUCUGGCUGAGCUUCAGCGCCACAACUACGUCACCCCGACCUCCUACCUGGAACUUAUCUCCACUUUUAAAGUCCUGCUGGAGCGCAAACGAGCUGAGGUGAUGAAACUCAAGCGGCGAUAUGAAGUCGGGUUGGAAAAGUUGGGCUCUGCCUCCGCCCAGGUGGCCACCAUGCAAGUGGAGCUCGAGGCACUUCAGCCUCAGCUCAAGGUGGCCAGCAAAGAGGUGGAUGAGAUGAUGGUGGUGAUAGAGCACGAGUCCGUGGAGGUCACCAAGACUGAGAAGGUGGUGCGCAUGGAUGAGGCGGUGGCCAACGAACAAGCCAUGGCUGCCAAGGCCAUCAAAGAUGAGUGUGAUGCUGAUCUGGCUGUGGCUCUGCCCAUCCUGGAGUCAGCACUGGCGGCGCUUGAUACACUCACCCAACAGGACAUUACAGUGGUGAAGUCUAUGAAGAGUCCUCCAGCUGGAGUCAAGCUCGUCAUGGAGGCUAUUUGUAUCCUAAAAGGCAUCAAACCCGAUCGCGUUCCUGAUCCUUCUGGCUCAGGAAAAAAGGUUGAAGACUUCUGGGGCCCGGCGAAGAAGCUUCUGGGUGACAUGAAGUUCCUGCAGAGUCUACACGAGUACAACAAAGACAACAUUCCACCGGCUUACAUGUCAAUAAUCCGCAAUAAAUACAUCACCAACCCAGAUUUCGUGCCUGAGAAGAUCAGAACGGCCUCCACGGCAGCCGAGGGUCUGUGCAAAUGGGUCUGCGCUAUGGAUUCCUACGACAAGGUAGCAAAAGUUGUGGCUCCAAAAAAGGAGAAGCUGGCUCAAGCAGAGGCCGAGCUGAAGGUUGCAAUGGACAGCCUUAAGAAGAAGCAGGCCAUGUUGAAAGAGGUUCAGGACAAACUCGCCAAACUACAAGAGACCCUGGAGACCAACAAAAACAAGAAAGCCGACCUGGAGAAUCAGGUGGAACUGUGCAGUAAGAAGCUGGAGAGAGCCGAACAGCUAAUUGGUGGUCUGGGUGGAGAGAAGACACGCUGGAGUGAGACGGCAUUGAACCUUGGAGAGGUUUAUAAAAAUCUAACUGGAGAUAUUCUCAUCUCAGCAGCUAUAGUAGCCUAUCUGGGGGCUUUCACUUCCAGUUAUAGACAGCGGGCUACAGAUGAAUGGAUCGAGCUAUGUAAGGCCAGAGCAAUCCCCUGCUCUAAGAACGUGUCCCUGAUGCACUCUUUGGGAGAGCCGGUAAAAAUCAGAAGCUGGACGAUCGCUGGCCUUCCUUCAGACAGCUUCUCCAUUGAUAAUGCCAUCAUGAUCUCGAAUGCGAGGAGAUGGCCUCUGAUGAUUGACCCACAGGGACAGGCCAACAAGUGGAUAAAGAACAUGGAGAAGGCGAACAGUUUACAUGUGAUCAAACUGAGUGAUGCUGACUUUGUGAGAACACUGGAGAACUGCAUUCAGUUUGGCACGCCAGUGCUAUUAGAAAAUGUUGGUGAGGAAUUGGACCCUAUUCUGGAACCCUUGCUUCUAAAGCAGACGUUUAAGCAAGGUGGGAGUUUGUGUAUCCGAUUAGGAGAUUCCACCAUAGAGUACGCACCAGAUUUCCGCUUUUACAUCACAACCAAACUACGUAACCCGCACUAUCUCCCAGAAACUUCGGUUAAGGUUACACUUCUGAACUUUAUGAUCACGCCUGAGGGUAUGCAAGACCAACUGCUUGGUAUAGUGGUGGCUAGAGAAAGGCCAGAUUUAGAAGAGGAGAAGCAAGCCCUUAUCCUUCAGGGAGCAGAAAACAAGAGACAGCUACAGGAGAUUGAGGACAAGAUCCUGGAGGUACUCUCAUCAUCCAAGGGGAACAUCCUGGAGGACGAAACAGCCGUCCAGAUUCUUUCCUCCUCUAAAGUUCUGGCUAACGAGAUCUCAGAGAAGCAGGCUGUGGCAGAGGUGACAGAGCGCAAGAUCGACGAAACCCGCAUGGGCUACACGCCUAUCGCCGUCCACUCUGCCAUCCUGUUCUUUUCCAUUGCUGACCUGGCCAACAUUGAACCCAUGUACCAGUACUCUCUCACCUGGUUCAUCAACCUCUUUGUAUUAUCUAUUGACAAUUCAGACAAGAGUGACGUCCUGGAGCAGAGGCUACAGAUCCUAAGAGACCACUUCACCUACUCGCUGUACGUCAACGUGUGCCGGUCACUGUUUGAGAAGGACAAGCUGCUCUUCUCUUUCUGCCUUACUGUCAACCUGCUCAGGCUCCAAAAACUUAUUGAUGAAAAUGAGUGGCGCUUUCUGCUGACGGGCGGUGUGGGUCUGGAUAACCCUCACUCCAACCCCUGCACCUGGCUUCCCAAGAAGUCCUGGGAUGAGAUCUGCCGUCUGGACGAGCUGGAGCGCUUCAAGGGUCUGCGCAAGGACCUGGAACGUCUCAGAGAUGGCUGGAAGAAAGUGUAUGACAACAAGGAACCUCAUCAUACACCUUUCCCUGAAGAGUGGCAGGAGAAACUGGGACAAUUUCAGAGGAUGUCGGUUGUCCGCUGCCUGAGGCCAGACAAGAUCAUUCCCAUGGUGCAGGAGUUUGUAUCAAGCAGCUUGGGGCAUCAGUUUAUUGAGGUGCCCCCAUUUAACCUGGGAAAGGCAUUUGGGGACAGCAACUGCUGCGCUCCCCUCAUUUUCAUCCUCUCACCAGGGUCCGACCCCAUGGCAGCGCUGCUCAAGUUUGGAGACGAACAGGGCUUCACAGGAAACAAGCUAUCCUCACUUUCACUGGGUCAAGGUCAGGGCCCCAUCGCCAUGAAGAUGAUCGAGACUGGUGUGAAGGAAGGCACAUGGGUGGUACUCCAGAACUGUCACCUGGCCACGUCCUGGAUGACAACCCUGGAGAGAGUCUGUGAGGAGCUCAACCCAGACACCACGCAUCCAGACUUUCGUCUGUGGCUAACCAGCUACCCCUCACCCAAUUUCCCCGUGGCUGUUUUGCAGAACGGUGUCAAGAUGACCAAUGAAGCCCCCAAGGGGCUGCGCGCCAACAUCGUCGGCUCCCUCUGCAUGGACCCCAUCUCCGAUCCGGAGUUCUUCAACAGCAGUUCUAAGCCUGCCGUAUUCAAGAAGCUUCUGUACGGCCUGUGUUUCUUCCAUGCCCUCACCCAAGAGCGGAGGAAGUUUGGCCCCCUGGGCUGGAACAUCCCCUACGAGUUUAAUGAAACUGACCUGCGCAUCUCCGUCCAACAGCUGAACAUGUUCCUGGAUCAGUACGAAGAAGUGCCAUUAGAUGCGCUGCGCUACAUGACAGGAGAAUGUAACUACGGAGGACGGGUUACAGAUGACUGGGAUCGUAGAACCCUGAGCACCAUCUUGUCUAUCUUCUACACCAACAAGAUUGUUGAGGACCCCGAGUACAAGUUCGACCCGAGCGGGCUUUACUACUCGCCGCCUGAAGGGGAUCACGAUAGCUACGUCGAGUACACCAAGUCGCUCCCGCUAUACCCCUCUCCGGAAAUCUUUGGCAUGAACGCCAACGCCGACAUUACCAAGGACCAGGUGGAGACACAGCUCCUGUUCGACAGCAUCCUGCUCACUCAGUCCCGGACAUCAGGCGGCGAUGCUAAAUCUUCAGACGACAUGGUGUUCGAGGUGGCAGCAGAUAUUUUAAACAAACUGCCUCAAGACUUUGACACGGAGGCGGCCAUGCGCAGGUUCCCCACCAGCUAUAAGCAGAGCAUGAACACGGUACUGGUGCAGGAGAUGGGUCGCUUUAACAAAUUACUACAGACCAUCCGGGACUCCUGCGUCAACAUCCAGAAAGCUAUCAAGGGUCUGGUGGUGAUGUCAGGCGAGUUAGAGGAGGUAGUGACGAGCAUUCUGAAGGGACGUAUUCCAGGCAUGUGGAUGAAAAAGUCGUACCCGAGCCUCAAACCUCUGGGAGGAUACGUCAGCGACUUCCUGAAGAGGCUCAGGUUUUUACAGGAGUGGUACGACAAUGGCAUUCCGGCUGUGUUCUGGGUUUCGGGCUUCUUCUUCACACAGGCCUUCCUGACGGGGGCACAGCAGAACUAUGCACGCAAGCACACCAUUCCUAUCGACCUACUGGCCUUCGACUUCCAUGUCAUGGAUGAUACAGAGUACACACAGCCACCAGAGGAUGGUGUCUACGUUAACGGUUUGUUCCUGGACGGAGCGAGAUGGGACAGAAAGACGAAACUGCUGGCAGAGUCUUACCCCAAGGUCCUACACGACACUAUGCCAGUGAUUUGGCUCAUUCCUAUGAAGAAGCAGGACAUCCCGGAGCGCAUGUGCUACGUUUCCCCUGUGUACAAGACGAGCGAGAGGCGGGGGACGCUGUCCACCACCGGCCACUCUACCAACUACGUCGUCGCCAUAAGCCUCAACUCGGCCAUUCCGCCUGAACACUGGAUUCGGCGCGGUGUUGCCCUUCUGUGCCAGCUAAACUCAUAAAGUGCGUAAUCUAUUCAUUUCAGUCCAUAUAAUACAUUUACAGUGCCUAUUACCGCUCAACUCGAUUGGUACUAUUAAAACAUACAUAAUAAUUA